UCCGCCCUGCCUGUGAUCGUAUGGAGCUUUUUAAAGACCUAUUGAGUUCCAUAUGCAAGCUCUGUUUUCUUCUUUGAUUUUCCACUUGAUAUUCAGUAUCUGAAUUGGAGUCGAUUAAAUCCGGUUUUGCGCCUGGAAGUCCCACAUUAGGAAGCAAAACGCUCCGUAAUAAAGGCUACUUUGUAUCUGAAAACUCAAACCUGAGACUUCUUGUUAACACGAAGAGUACUUGUUACUCCACGACAACCUUCAUCGGUCCAUAUGCAAGCUCUUACUAUAGCUUAUACCGUUAUACUGGAAAAGAGAAGACUUACUAGUAUAAAGAAUUACAAAGAAGAGAGAGAGAGGGUGGUUUAAAAAGUAAAAGAAAAUAGUGAGGGAGAUGGUGGGAUGGAGUCAGAUUGAUGCUAUUGUGUCUUGUUUUUGAGAAUAAUUUAGUCUGUUGUUUAUGUCUCCUAAGCUAACUGGUUACCCCCGGGGUGUGUGGGCUUUGCCGCCAACCGAGGAAACAAUGUCUUCUACUAUGCCUCCUUCCCAUUUAAGUGAAGCCCAUUUCUUUAAAGUAAACAAAAACUGCACUUAACCAUUUCUUCUCUCUUUCUCUUUCUCUCUCUCUCUCUCCCCCCUUUUCCUUCAAGUUCAGAAAAUUGGUUGUUUUCAUAAAUUGGUUUCAAGAUUCAGGUAAUUUUGGUCAUUGGGGAUAUCAGGUAAUGAACACAAGCUAGUGUUUUGACUUUACAGUUAUUCAGUUGAGCAGCUAGGUGAGAAACUUCAGAAGUUGGCAAAAUGAAGUUCAUGAAACUUGGAUCCAAACCUGAUACAUUUCAGUCAGAUGGGAAAAAUGUCAGAUAUGUUGCUUCAGAGUUGGCUUCUGACAUCGUUGUUAAUGUAGGGGAUGUGAAGUUUUAUCUGCAUAAGUUUCCUCUUCUGUCCAAGAGUGCUUUUCUGCAAAAGCUGGUUGCAAACUCAAGUGAAGGAGAUGGCGAUGAAAUUUACAUUCAUGACGUUCCUGGAGGACCUAUGUCCUUUGAAAUAUGUGUCAAGUUUUGUUACGGUAUGACAGUUACACUGAAUGCUUAUAAUGUCGUGGCAGCAAGGUGUGCUGCUGAGUAUCUUGAAAUGCAUGAGGAUGUUGAGAAAGGAAAUCUUAUUUACAAGGUCGAUGUUUUCCUACACUGUAGCAUUUUCCGAAGCUGGAAAGAUUCGAUAAUAUUUCUUCAGACCACUAAAUCUAGGUUACAUCUGUGUGAGGAAGUGAAGUUGAUCAGCCACUGUAUUGAUGCUAUAGCAUCCAAGACAUCUAUUGAUGUUCGCAAGGUUAAUUGGUCUUAUACAUAUAACCGGACAAAGAUACCAGAGGAAAAUGGAAAUGGUCCGAACUCCAAUGGAGUUAGAAGCCGUGUGGUGCCAAAUGAUUGGUGGGUUGAUGACUUAUGUGAGCUUGAAAUAGAUCUUUAUAAACGGGUUAUUGUCAACAUAAAGAACAAAGGGAUUGUCUCCUCUGAAGUGAUUGGAGAAGCUAUUAAAGCUUAUACUUUGAGAAGGUUCCCAGGCUUUAGCAAGGGUGUCUACCAGUUCAAUGACGUGUCCAGAUCACGCUCAAUAUUGGAUACAAUUAUAUGUCUAUUACCUGCUGAAAAAGGUAGUGUCUCUUGUAGUUUCUUCUUGAAAUUGCUAAAAGCAUCCAUUUCAGUGGAUUCUGGAGAAACGGUUAAGGCAGAACUAGUCAAGAGAAUAGGGCAGCAACUGGAGGAGGCCUCUGUCAAUGAUCUUUUGAUCCGAGCUACAGAUGGGGAAGUGACAAUGUAUGAUGUCCAUGUCUUCCACAAAAUACUAGAGUACUUUGUGAUGCGUGAUGAGGAUUUGAAAACUCAGUUGGAAGAUGGUAAUGAAAUUCCGGGGGUUUUAUCAGAAGCUUCAAAGCUCAUGGUGGCAAAGCUAGUAGAUGGAUACCUUAUAGAAAUUGCCAAAGAUCCUAAUCUCCCUUUGUCAAUAUUUGUUGGUCUAGCAGAUAUGGUAACAGAUUUCCCUCGGCCUGGUCAUGACAGCCUUUAUCGUGCAAUUGAUACUUACCUCAAGGCGCACCCUGGGAUCAGCAAGAAUGACAGAAAGAGAAUUUGCAGUCUGAUGGAUUGCAAAAAGCUCUCAGUUGAUGCAUGUACGCAUGCCGUGCAAAAUGAGAGACUUCCCUCACGCGUUGUCGUACAAGUUCUCUUCUUUGAGCAAGUCAGGGCCAAUGCAUCCUCCGGAAGCAGCACUCCGGAUCUGCCCAAAGCUAUUAGAGACCUCACCGGUGCUUCAUAUGCGAGCUCAAGGUCGGCCACAACAGAUUCGGAGGUUACAGCCUCUGCUGAAGAACUGAGGGCUUUGAAAGAAGAGCUGGCAGCCUUAAAAUUGGCAAAUGGAGGACUAAUUGAUAAAGUUAAUGGCAAGGCUGCCAAUGGUAGAAUGAAAAGUUUACGGAUCUUUACAAAAAUCUGGUCAAGCAAAGGCAGGAAACAAGGGGAAAAUAGUGGCUCGGAAUCAUCAGACAGUCUUGGAUCUGCCAGCUUAGAAGAAGCUAAGUACACACGUACACCUUCAAGAAAAGGAAGAUAUUCAGUUUCUUAAGCAUAACUAGUACCAGAAAAUGUAGUCACUAGUAUUGGCGAGUCUUUGCUUUUUUCCUUUUUUUUUUUUUUCCUCCUAGAGUUUUCCUUACAUGACCUUAGCAUGUCAAAAACUAGUCAUGUUGCUCUGAAAUAUUCAGCAAAAUUGAAGGAUGUAGUUUCACAAGGUGUAGUGGAGGAAAUGAAGCUUCUAUGGGCCCAAAAAAGCAGACAUUUGAUGUAUAUAUGUUCAAUUUUUUGUGCGGAAUGCCCUUCAAA